GUCAAACCUGUGAUGUUCCCAUGUGAUUUAAUUAGAUUUCUAAGGUGAAACACUGUCUGACAAAUGAGAUGUUGUGUUUAGACGGUAAAUAAUGUGGAAGAAAAAUGUAAUUAUCUUUGUUUUCACAGAGAGAGGCAGGAGCAGCUGAUGGGAUAUCGUAAACGGGGGCCAAAGCCGAAACAUCUUUUACUGCAGGUGCCCUCGUUCGCCCGAAGAUCCUGUAUCCCUACAGGUUUUGAGGAAACAAUGCAGGAUGCAGAAGGCGGCCUCAAGUCAGAUCCUGUCCAAAUCCAGCGGCCCCAGCCUCAGCAGUACCAGCUGAACAGCAAGAAGCACCAUCAGUACCAGCCCAGCAGCCAGGAGGUCCCUGCCGACCAGCUAUCCAAUGGCAAAAAGAAGUUCAUCUACCAGCUAAACAGCAAGAAGCACCACCACUAUGAGCCUGACCCAAAUAUGUACGACACACAGGCCUCGAGGCUGAAAGAGGUGGUCAAAGUUCAGGAACCAGCCUGUAAACAAGCAAAUCCUGGCUGGAACUUACCGCUUGCUCUGCAGCAGAAAUGGGUUCGUGACAAAGACACAGGAUGCUUGAGCAAAGUCAAAGAGUUGGCAGUUGAGGUGAGGAAACCCGCUGUCAAAGAGGCAGAGAGCGAACAUGCCCUCAAACCCAACCCGAAAGACGCAACCCUGCCAAGUGCUGUUAGCAGCAAAAUGAAGAUAAUCAAGAACAAAAACAAGAAUGGACGUAUUGUUAUUGUCAUGAGCAAAUAUAUGGACAGUAACAAGGUUCAUGGAGCAAAAGGUAAACACGGGGAAUCGUCGAGCGAAGAGAAACCACACAACACCAAACCAUUGGAAAACAAUCAAGCUCAUAGAACCAAAAUGAUGGAGCAUCCGGAGAAUGGUAUCCCCAAAGAGAUCUGUAACGGCAGCUCCCUUCCUGCCGCAGAGCAUCCUUUAAAGUGUUCCCCCAAGGACAGACAUUUCUCCAAACCUUCGCCAAGCACAGCAGAGGAAUACAACACCGAAGUGGCUCGGGGUCAAGCGGACUUGCCGGAUGAUCUCCCACUACAGCUGACAGCUAGUUCACCACCGAUGUCUUGGUCUGUUGACACCAGCAUCCAGACACCUACUGCUGUCGACCAGAUCAGGAUCCCUUCAUUCCCCAGCGACCGCAAGCGGAAGCUCUCAGAUCCCGUGGAGGACAGGAGUGUUUCCAAAACCUACCUGACCUCCAGGAGCUUCAGUGUGCCAAGCACAGUCAUCACGCCGCCUCAGGACAAACCCAUGGACCUCCACUGUAGCGGCCGGCGCCUCGGCAGUACAUGCACAUAUGAGGCUAUGGACUCCGGCAGCCAGGAGGAGCCGAUGGAUCUCAGCUGCCCAAAGACUAAGAAACAGGUGGAGCCAGAAAUACUGCCAGAGCCGGUGCCAGAGCCUGAGCCUGCUAUCAGAGACACUCCGCCUGCGACUGAGGACACGCAGAAAGCCACAGAGAAAUCUGAAGAAGAACCUGUUAAAAAACUCUCUCCUUUCAUGGGAAAUAUCAUCAUCACUGAUAUCACAACAAACAGUCUCACCGUCACCUUCAAGGAAUAUAUUUCUUUCUAAGAAAACUCUUUGUAAACUGGGUCUCCCAGCGACCUAUCUAUUGAACCUGUCUAUAUGUGCAUAUGUAAACAUGUAACAUCAGAAUUUUGUAUAUAUGGAAAUUUAUAAUUUAUCAGUCAAAUUCAAUAUGUUUCUUAUAAUGUUUUAUACUGUAACUCCUCUGUGAUGAUGUAGUCAAGAAAGUGCCCUCGAGGAUUUGAGUGAAUGCAUUCAAGUGGAUGUAUUCCACACAAAAAAAAUCAGUUUAUUUGUCAUAUGGAGCUUAAUGAGAUACUUUUUGCUGUUGUUUCAUACCUGUACCAAACUUAUAACCUGAGAUGUAUGAAGGUUUAUACAUAUUUUGUAUGAAUAAUAUCUCAUAUUUUGGUCAUGAUAGAAGGUAGAGAGAAACUUGAGUCUAUGGUGAUUGAGAUCAAAUUGAAAGCACUUAAUUACAUUUUAAAUGUUGAUUUCUAUCAUUAAUAGAGAUGGAGUUUCUGAGUUUUUUUUUGUUUUAUUACUCCAGACAUGAACACUUAGAAUAUUUUAUUACAGGCUUUGUUUGUGGCUUGUAUGAGAAAAAUUAUUAGAAAAUAAGAAAAUUAAAAAAAAAAAAAACCAGUGGUACAUACUCCAUUAUGUCAGCAGCCUUGAAGGAAUGUCCCGGCAUUUUUGUCUUUGUCUUUUACUUUUUUGUUUCCGCGUUGAGAUGCAGCAAAGCCAUCGAUGGAUCUGCCUUUAAAAUCCAAUCUGUGAUUGUACUGCACAAUUACGCUCUAGCAAACAAAGUCUGACAUGCAUAUGUUCUCAAAGAUCAGUAUGGUGUCAUUUAUCAAACAUGUAUUUUCCCGUUAAGUCGACAUAUUGAUUCUUACCACAACAAGGCUGUGAUUUAUUACCUUAUCAUUUACUUCACGUGAUGUUGGAGUUAUAUCUUCUAGUUUCCCUAGUCACACAGAUAAACAAUGUUCAUCUCAUUUUGCUGCUGAACCUCAUCAGUGCGAUCUGAAGAACACGUAUGACUGCUAUAUGUUUUUAAAAAAAGGUACCAGGGUCAUAAGCGAUCAUGGAUGCUACAUGGACUAAAUGUGAGUUGCGAGGAGGGCUUUUGGAUACUGUUACAUGCAAUCCAGUGAGGGCAAACUGUUUUGAUUAUGCUGCUGAAAAUUCAAAUGUCAAAGCUGUUGGAUGUAACCUACAUUUGAGUCUAAAUUGCCUUCUACGCACAGCUAAUGCAAGACCAGUGAGAAUGCUAAAAUGCUAGAAUAGUAAAAAAAGAAUGAAGAGUGCAUAUUUAUUGACGUCUAAUUUGUCAUUCACAACAAAAACUAGAUGUUCUCUGCAUCUGAAGCUGUGAGUGAUUCCAUUGAACCGGCUGCCCUUUAUUUCUCAGUCUGCUGUCUGAUACUUUUUGUUCUCUUUCUUUUGCCAUUUCAUUUUUGCACUUGGUUCAAAGUCAAAAUGAUUGUUAUAAAGUUUGUUCUAGCAGGAGCUGACUGACUUAUUGCUUUUGGCACAGCUCACUGGAUGGUAUGUUUCACAAUAAAGAAAGAGAUUUGACCUCU